UUAGCUGUCUAUUUUUGUUUAAGAUUAAAUAAUUCUUUGCAUUAAAUUUAUAGAAUUUAUACUACUAAAAUAUGGAACAAGCAUAUGUUAAUUUCAUACACUGUGGAAUUAAUUACCGAUUACAGAAGCGAUAACAGAGGCACUCAAAGAAACGCGUUUUCCUAUCUUCUGUAAUAUCAUGAACAUAAAUCUGUCAUUUUGAUAAUUACACAGUUACAGGUUAUAGGCAAUGAAUUUUAUUGUAACAUUAUUUAAGUUUAAAUAAAACAUGAUCAUUUGGAAAGAUUUGGAAAUAAUUGUCAGUGAAUUGUAUUAGUCAGUAAAGAAAUUUCAUUUUUUCUCCAUGUAAGAAACAUCGAUUCGAACGGUGCGAUUUAAAUGAAAGUCUGACGAGUGUUUUAUAAUUUUUCAAUAUUAAGAUACCUUGCGAUGCAAAGGUUUAAUCUUGCAAUUCUAAAUUGGUGACGUAAUGGAGCUGAAAGUAUGGGUGGAAGGCAUACAACGUAUUGUAUGUGGUGUUACAGAAACCACUACAUGUCAGGAUGUAGUAUAUGCUCUGGCUCAUGCUACAGGACAAACCGGUAGAUUUACUUUAGUAGAAAGGUGGCGAACUAAUGAACGUCUCUUGGCUCCAUAUGAAAAUCCUCUAAAGAUUCUAAUGAAAUGGGGAGAAUAUUCUUCAGAAGUUCAAUUGAUCCUAAGGCGCUCUACUGCAGAAAACAAUAAGGCCUCUAGUUCGUUAGGAACCCGGUUAACUCAUAGCGCAAGAUCGAAUGGUAUAAUAAGUUCUGCCUCUGAGAAUGUCGCAACAUCCAACAGCGGGCAAGAUGAUGCUAAGAAUACCACAACUUCAAGUUCUGAAUUUGAUGAUCUACAAGGAUGUCUUGAUAGAAAUCGCGAUAUCAGGAUGUCGUUAACAUUUGGAGGAUUGCAUGGAAAUGUCAUAGAAAAUAAUACAGAAAUUCAAAUGGAAAAUGUUGCCAUAGUUCAACCUACACCACAUUUAAAAAACAAGGAAUUAAAUAUAAGAAAAAAUAUACAAAAGCCAGCUCAGUCUCCCACCUGUGCUAGCAGCAGUGAAAGUAACAUACAUUUAUCACAGAAGAAAGUGCGUGAAGUUCCUCCAUACAGGGAUCCCCCUGGUCCGGGUUCACCACCUCUAAGAACUUUACCACCCUACCGAGAUCCUCCACCACCUAACUUAAAUAGCCCUGGACGAUCCCAAUUUCAAUCGGGUACAAAUGUUGGAAGUCCUCAUGUUCAUAAAGAGGAUCAACCAUCAUCAUCCAGUAACUCUGUCAAACUAAAGAGAAACCUUAUUCAGGAAUUCCAGGACACGAAAGGACAAACUCAAUCUAUAAAUCAACUAUCUGGUCAGACUCAAAAUAUGGUCACUGUUGCUUAUACUCAACGAUAUGUUGAACUUAUCAGACUAGUCAAUAAGCAACGUGAUACUAUAAAUGCACAGCAAGCCGAUCUUACUAAAUUUGAUGCUGAAAUAUUAUAUUGGGAAACUAAAAACAGAGAACAAAUGCAUCAGAUGGACUUCAUUUCACAGGAAGUGAGUCGUAUGGAGUCCACAGGUCGUCUUAUCGAAGAACAGGAACUAGCACAUGUUGAAGAAGAGAGUGAAAUAGUCAGGCAACAAGAGAAAACAUUGAAAUCGGAGAUUACGUUGCUUAGAUCAAAGCUUGCAAACUGUGAAACAGAGUUACUUCAAUGUAAAAAUAAAAUUAGAUUAGUUAUGGAAGAACUGGCUAUAGAACAACACAAUAUAAAUCGUGAAACGGAUGAAAGACAAUUAAUGGAACGUAAAAUUAUAACUGAAGUUGAACAUCUUCAAAAUGAAGUAGAACAAGCCAAACGUUCAGCUGAAUUAGCUUCUCAGUGCGCGGAAUCACUGAAACUCGAGGUAGUAAGUUUGGAAUCAGCAAUUGUUGAGAAAAAAUUGCAAGUGGAGCGUUUAGUAGCGGAUAUGAAAGAGGCCAAUUUACAAAGUUUAGCCGUCGCUUGUCAAGACGAACAAGUAAAGUCAUUACUUGAAGGUGCCCACAAACCUGGUAGUACACGUAAAAUGAUAGGUUCACCGAGGCAAUUAGAAACUGCUGUACCUACAAGUAAAAAUCCCCACGGCGUUUGGGUAUAAAUAUUUACUGUUCGAUAUAUUUCGGUAUAUUGAAAAUAAUAUUUUUCAUACGGUAAUCAAUUAAACAUUUCAUAUAGGAUUAUAUGUGCAAUUUUAUAUGCACGAUUAGUAAGAUCGACGUAAGUAAAUGAAAUAUCGUACGCGAAUACAUAUUAUAAUUGUUUUGUCCACCUGCCAUAUGAUUUUCAGCAAAUUUAGCUCUAAGUGUUGACUAGUAAUUUUAAAUAUGAGUUAUGUAUAUACAGGAUAAAAAAAGAAUAUUCGGCAAUAUAUAUUUAUCCAAAGUAUUAAAAUUACAAAUCAUGCAAUGCACUUACAUGAUAUAUGUAUAACUUAAGAAAACGUACUUAUAAAUUCUUGUAGUUUUCUUGAUAUUAUUCAAGAUGAAUUUAUAUAUUUUCUAUAAUCAAAAUAAUUCUGUGACUCGAGCAUUUACAUUUUGGUGCACUAUACAAUUAAAAUACCAACAUAGUACAUAUACUAUAUUUAUCUUGUAACAUAUCCUUGAAAGUAUGUGAUAACGAAGUCUGAAAUAUGUUAUUGAAAACAUUCUAGUGUACAUUAAUUGCAUUUUUAAGUAUUUAAGCCUUCCUUUUCAAUCGUAUUCCAAUAAUAGAUUUUCCAUCUAUCAAAAGUAAAUUUAUCUUUUUGUAUAAAAGAUUCAGUUACAUUCAUUUAUUCAAACAGUAUAUUUUGCUUUGUUUUUUGUAACAUGUAAUAUGUGGUAGUAACAUUUUCUAUUGUUUUAUAUAUUCAUUAUUAGCAUACAUCAUCAAAAUGAUGAGUGGUUUCGAGCUUUCAUAGCCUAGAUUGCUACUGUUCGAGGUUUUUAGCGAAUAAACUCUUUCGAAUAUUCGAUAUUUUAUCAAGAAUACGUAUUCGUUGCUAUGUCGAAUCCUAAAACACUCGGUUUACGCCAGAAAAUCUCGAACAGUAGUUAAAACGAUGUCCACACACUGCCAUUAUUAGCAAUAAUUUUUUAAAUAUAAUAAUAAUUUUACUUCGUAAUUUCAUUUUUAUACAAAAUGUAUACACCUUUUAGUAUAUAAUCAUUUCAUUGUCAAUAUUAAGAUCUGUUUCUUAUAAUAAUGUGUUUACCAAAGUGUUUUAAUUUUGUGUUUAAAAUAAGCAUACA